AUGGCGCUUCUUUAUCGCGGAGAAUCACGGAAAAAGAUUUUGAGGCACCCCAUUUUCUGGAUGAAGAUCGCCGAGAUUGUAAGUGAGGGGUUUUCUCUCUCCCGCGUUCACAGAACGGAAGUCUCUGUUUGUAGCCAUUUAAGCUUACAAGUGUUACAGAAGUGUAGUUUAUUAGGAAAAUUGACAUCCUCUUGCAAUAUAAAUUAUCUUUCAAAUAUAAACUUAUUUGUCGGGAAUUUACUAGUGCCUGCUUUUUGUAACACUUGUUACAUAUUAAGAUUGUGUAAUUUCUUAAAUAGACAACGUGCAGGUAUUCGCGCACGUAAAAGUUGUGAUAGUAGAGCGGGUUUCCUGUAAGGAUGUAACUUUACUCUCCGUUGUAUACCAAAAUGCCCAAGCUGUCAGUUCGAUUUUGUUCAUUUCUCCAACUGUGUCGAAAUUCAAAUUGCCUUGCUCAUGUUUCCUGCUUUUUAACCUGAUCCGAUGUCAAAAUAUUACUUCACAACAGAGUAUCAAAUGUAGCAGCCUCAUGUACAUCCAUGCAUUGCCGAAAGUUAAAAACUACACGACAAAUGUUUUAUUGUGAUUUGUGCCAUAAUUAUUUUCUUAAAUGCCUAACCGUUAUAGCUGACACGUUGAUCUUUUUUCUUGCAUACUGCGAUUUUAUCAUCCACUUUGUUAUUGUUAAGAGUGUUUAUUUUAAGAAAGCAUGUCCUGACGGGUCAAUGUCACCGGUCGAUUCUAAUUUUAUUAAUUAAAGUCACGACUUCCCCAACAUCACGCUUUCGUUCGAUCAAGUGCUCAAGAAAUCAGGAAUUUUUCAGAUGACACUUUAUUAGUAUGGUGUAAAUUUUGAAUUGGAGCUGCUGUUUCACAAAAACGUAAAUCCAUUCCCAAGGUUUGACUGAUCAAAAACUCAUGAUUUCCUUUUUUUCUCAACAGGUCCUUAGUUUGAUUAUAUUUCCAUUAUGCAUCACGUACAAUGAAAAGGGUGGAAUCUAUGUGACAAACACUACAAGGAGUCUUAACUUUACGGUUAAAUACCCUUUUCAAUAUAACAACGAGACUAUAGUCUUCACUGGUGAAGACAACCCUGUCGGCAACUUCAACUUUGACCCUGCCAUUGAAGCUUGUGUGAAAAUCUUUGUUGGUGUGUCUGUUGUAACCUGCUUUGCUGCAGUAACAACUUUGAUAGUAGGCUGUGUAGUACAUAGAAAUGAGGAUAAGGCCAAUAAAGUUUUAACUGCUGUAAGUACUCUAUUUUUCUUUGAUUCUAAGUUUGGUAAUCAAAUCAGAUAUGAAGUGACUAUACACUAACAACUUGUACAUUUUUUUUCCUGCAUUGGUUUGAAAUUAUUUUAAUUGUUUGAAACAUAUCAAGUGUAUCCUUACGGUUCCUUAUUUACUUUGUUUGUUAUUUAGGAGAUAUUUGUAGCUCUCUUAAUGGCAUUUCUCCUUGUCAUAACCACAAGCCUCUGGCUUUACAACCUUCUUGAGUUGAGGAAAGAAGUUGAAGAUGAAAUAGUCAGUAUAAUCACAUCUUUAGGGCGUGAUCAGUGCAAGAACUGUGUGGAAUUCUUGCCAAGUUAUUCAGCAUUGUUUGCUUCAGUGGUGAGAUAUGUUUCUUUUAUAAAAUAA